CGCAGAGCCUGACACCCGACGAACAUCACACCGAAAAAACUUUAGACAUUAGGAUUAAUCCCGUAGUUUUAGGUGAUUUGUGUCCUUUAUCAUGGGUCUGACCAUCUCAUCGAUCUUUAGCAGGCUGUUUGGAAAGAAACAGAUGAGAAUUCUCAUGGUGGGGCUGGAUGCUGCCGGCAAAACCACAAUACUGUACAAACUCAAACUAGGAGAAAUUGUGACCACCAUUCCAACCAUAGGUUUUAACGUAGAGACUGUUGAAUACAAGAACAUCUGCUUCACCGUGUGGGAUGUCGGUGGCCAGGACAAGAUUCGUCCUCUCUGGAGACACUAUUUUCAGAACACACAGGGUCUGAUCUUUGUGGUGGACAGCAAUGACAGAGAGAGAGUGGCAGAAUCUGCAGAGGAGCUUUCUAAAAUGUUGCAGGAAGAUGAACUGAGGGACGCCGUGCUGCUGGUUUUCGCAAACAAACAGGAUCUGCCUAACGCCAUGGCUGUCAGUGAACUCACAGACAAACUUGGGCUGCAGAGUCUACGCAGUAGAACGUGGUAUGUCCAAGCGACCUGCGCUACACAGGGCACUGGACUCUAUGAAGGACUGGACUGGUUAUCCAAUGAGCUCUCCAAGCACUAGUGAGGCUGUUAGGGGUGAGAUGGUAUGUAUGAACCAAUGGAAAGGCUAGAGACUCCUCUUAGAAUUUUUAAGUGUGUGACAGCUGGAAACUGGGGAGAAACCAUCAAACACUCUGCACCUGUCUUAGCUUUCCUUUUCUACAAUAUAUUUCUUUGCCCAAGGUUAUCUAUUUUUUUCUUAUUUCUUUUUUGUUUUAAAUCCAACAAAAAUAACUUUUUUUUUGUCAUUUUGCGAGAGGAAAAAUGUUUUGAAGGACCUUCUUUCGCUAUGGCUUUUUCAGUUUCUCAGAAAGUCCUCAUGCAAAACCAAAAACGCUGGAGUCCCUGAUCAGUGAGCAGAGUUAUUGGUUUUGCUUUAGUCUGAUCAGCAUAGUUUAUCUGAGAAUUUGUUGUCAAGCUCACUGGAGAAUCUCUGGGGUUAGUAAUAUUUCAGAACUGGACUUUACAUGUGGAGUCGUUUGGCGAAUCAAAGCCAUGCCUGUUGCAAGCUGUAAAGUUUGUUACAUUGCAUUAUCCGCUGUAGUGGCGUGGAGUCCUGUGGUCCUUCUAAACAUUAUCCUUGUCUGCAUGAGUUUAAGUCUUCUGGGUCUUGGUUUAAAUUCCCCUCAUCAAUAGCACAUGGCAUGAGUGGCAUGAAAAGGUUAAGUUUCUUUUAUUAGGUUAGUUUAUUUCCACACAAUCCAUUGUUGUUUGUGGCAAAUGUCUGAGUGACCCAGAACACUGAUGUUCUUUAGCCACAAUGACACAGUGAAGUUCUUUCCAUUAUAAUUUAAAGUUGAAAUUGAUUGACGUGUUUUAUGUUUGUCAUGCCAUGUGAAAUGUUUCGCUCAGUCGUGUUUCUUGAGCUUAUCAUUAUUUGUGUCUGAAUCUGACUGCUGAAUGCAGGUUUAAUGUAUUGAUGAAUUCCAUGUCUGGUUGAAAUGGUUUGCUUUUCCUAAACUGAUGUGUAACAACAAAUACAAUCUAUUUUACCCUAUUAUCAUGACAAAUUUGUUUGUGUAUUAUAUGUAUCAUAUUGUUUUAGAAUAAAACAUAAUCGUGAACUUA